AUGCUACGUCCCACCCAUAAUGGCGACCGCUAUGAGCUUACCAGCCCAACGGCCAUGCCCAAAGCAGCUGGAUUCCUGUGGAACCAGAAAAUGAUGAUUCAAAUAACAUGUCGUGGCUACGCAACAGCCCAAUUCAUGCAACCAGAACCAGCCAAGUACUCUCACGCACCAAAUAUCGAGGCCAAAACUUUCAUGCAGCCUGAGCAGAACUAUUACACCCACCACCCAGGACGUUUUGUUUACAUCAAAGAUGAAGAAACCAAUGAGCUGUUUUCAGCGCCCUAUGAACCAGUUCGUACCAAAGUCGACCGUUUCGUUUUCUCGGUUGGCAAGAGUGAUAUCGAGUGGACUGUGGAACACUUAGGCAUUAGAGUUGAAAUGACUUUGAGUGUUCCCACACACGAUGUAGCGGAGCUGUGGACUGUGAAAGUCACAAAUCUGUCUGGUCGUACUCGCAAAAUCAGUGUCUACCCGUAUUUCCCAAUUGGCAACCUAUCUUGGAUGAAUCAGUCGGCGGAGUAUCGUGAGGACUUGAAAGCUGUGGUAGCUAGUAGUGUCACUCCAUAUCAAGCAGCAGAAGACUACUGGAAGAACAAGUUUCUCAAGGAUAAAACGUACUUUGCGUGCGAGACACCACCUAAUUCGUGGGAAACCAUGCAGCAGGCAUUUGAAGGUGAAGGUGGCUUGCAUGCGCCAACUGCGCUUCAGGAGCCUAUCUUGAAGGGGGGAGAUGCGCGUUAUGAGACGCCAGUAGCCGCUGUACAGUAUCGCAUCGCGCUAGAACCAGACGAGAAGCAAGAGUACCGUUUCCUAUUCGGUCCAGCCUUUGAUGAUGCUGAAAUCGCAGCUAUGACAAAGAGAUACCUUAGCAAGGAAGGUUUUGCUAAGUCUGCAAGUAGUUACGCCUCAUAUAUUCAGCAGGGUCGAGGUUGUCUUCAGAUCAAAACCCCUGAUAAGGAUCUCGAUAAUUUCGUCAACAACUGGUUGCCUCGUCAGGUGUUCUACCACGGGGAUGUGAACCGUUUGAGCACCGAUCCGCAAACGCGCAACUACCUGCAGGACAACAUGGGCAUGAGCUUCGUGAAACCAGAAGUAGCUCGAAAAGCCUUCUUGAUAGCUCUUAGGCAGCAAGAGGCUAAUGGUUCCAUGCCCGACGGAAUCUUACUGGCCGAAGGAGCGGAGCUCAAGUAUAUCAACAAAAUUCCACAUACCGAUCACUGCGUGUGGUUACCAGUUACUCUUGAUGCGUAUCUUAACGAAACAGCCGACUAUGAACUUCUAGAUGAAUCAAUAACCAUUUCGAACGGCGACAAAUAUACAGUCUUCGAGUGCUUCAGUCGCGCUGUGGACUGGCUGUUUUCUCAACGUGAUGAGCGCGGUCUCAACUAUAUCGCCCAGGGCGACUGGUGCGAUCCGAUGAAUAUGGUGGGAUACAAAGGUAUUGGAGUGUCUGCCUGGCUUACCGUGGCUACAGGAUACGCAUCCAACUUGUGGGCCAACGUUUGUGAACUCAAAGGCAAAUCAGAGCUCGCAGCCCACUAUCGAUCCGCAGCAAAAGAGAUAAAUGCAGCAGCGAAUAAGGAAUUUUGGGACGGCGAUUGGUAUGCGCGAGGCAUUACUGACGACGGUGUUAUCUUCGGGACCAAGGACGAUCGCGAAGGACGUAUCUGGCUGAACCCCCAAACUUUCUCUAUCUUGGGUGGCGCAGCAAGCUCUGAGCAGGUUGCUAAGUUUUUACCGCAGAUCGAAAAGCAACUCACAACUCCAUACGGUGUGACGAUGUUUGCGCCAGCUUACAGCGGAAUGCGUGAGGAUAUUGGCCGUGUGACGCAAAAGUAUCCGGGUUCGGCAGAGAACGGGUCGGUAUACAAUCACGCAGCUAUUUUCUUCAUCUACAGUCUAUAUAGCAUUGGGAAGGGCGAACUUGCUUACAAAUAUCUGCGCCAGAUGUUACCUGGCCCAUCAGAAGAAGAUUACGUCCAGCGCGGCCAGCUUCCUGUCUACAUUCCCAAUUACUAUCGUGGUGCUUACCACGAGUAUCCUCGAACUGCAGGUCGCUCAAGUCAACUGUUCAAUACUGGCACAAUUCCAUGGGUUUAUCGAUGCUUUAUUGAAGGACUUUGUGGCUUACGUGGAGAUCCUAAAGGCCUUACCAUCAAUCCUCAACUUCCUGAAGCCUGGAGCCGCAUCCAUGUCACUCGCGAAUUCCGUGGAGCAACGUUCAAUGUCAACAUUCAGCGCUCAGGCACGAAGACCGUCAAAGUCGUCUGUGAUGGUAAGGAUCUACCGGAGCCAAGGAUUACUGGAAUCAAGGCUGGCACCACGUACGAGGUGUCUGUCUACGUACCUGGCGGAUUGACAAAUGGUCAUAGACAUUAG